AUGCAAUUUUUCCAUCUUUUCACAACCGCCGCUGUUGCUUUGGCCUUACUACCACAGACUACCGUGGCCGGUCCUAUAGAUAUACAACAGUCUCGGACAAAAGACGAGCAACCGCAUUCGGGUGACUGUAAAGUCGAAAUUCUUCACGACUGGUUCACUGAACCUUUCCUGGUUUAUCGCGCGAAUCCAGGAUCCCGUUCAGAGAUUACGAUCGAAACACAUUCUGCCCCCGUCAUAUUUGCCUUUGCGAUUGGAAGUGGUUGCACGGGAAUAAAGGAUAAGAAGGCGGGAAAAAUACCUGAGGGCUUUUUUGUCAAAAUAUCAACCAUAGGUAUUUCCGGCGCACGUUUCCUCAGGGACUAA